AUGCUCCCCAGAGCGGCUUUUGUGGCUCUCUUCUGGGCCAGUGUCCAGGUUGCUGGACAUAGCGACAGCGGCUCCAGCACAAGUUCGAGCCGUAACGUCGCUUCCAACUUGGAAGAGUACUGUUUCUAUUCGAUAUAUACCAGUUUAUCUGCAUACACCUUCGAGGGCAGUGUAACUGUCCAGUCCGCCACAACUUCUUCUCAUUCUCAUGGGGGCUCCUCAUCUUCCUCGCAUGGAUCGUCGGGUACUUCAUCUACUGAAACAUCUGAGACCAAUUCACAUGGAUCAUCUGAAUCUUCCUCCGCUGUAUCCCCCGGCUCCUCUUCUGUAGCUCAUAUGCACGGAUCAUCCAAUUCUUCCUCUACCGGCACAUCUGAUUCUUCCUACUCAGGAUACACACAUGGAUCGUCCGGUUCUUCCGCCACUGAAUCUGAUUCUGACUCUGAGACACACACUCAUGGAUCGUCCGAUUAUUCCUCCACUGAAUCUGAUUCUACCUCUGAGACACAUACUCAUGGAUCGUCGCGACGAAGUGUGAACGUUGCAAAGCGCGCCCAUGGUGGUGGCUCAUAUGGCUCAUACUCUACCGGACCAUGCAAUAGCACCGUGGAAGUGACUUCUAUGUAUGCUACCGCCAAGGCCUGGUGUUCCGCAAAAGACUUCAAAGCUGUGGUCCCAUAUUGGCAAAGCCUUUGUGCAAAGAACAGCAUGGAGCUCAUGAGCCUGGCUUCAAUUGAACCCCUCUUGACGGAUGAGUACAUCAACUCACUUCCUCAAAUUGACCCAGAGCAGAAUAAUGUGACCACCUAUGGAACCAUCGACUCGCCUGUGCUGCUGACCAAAAAAUACUAUGAUAGAGCCUACAAAUCUUACGUGAGCCAUGACUAUGCUAUGCCAAAAAACAAGCGAUAUGGAUGGGGAAUUAUUGGCUACUGGGGAGCUGUACUAGUUUUGGGCAUGAUUUCUAAGGCAUGGACAGUCUUCUUCAGCAGACGGAGUAGUAAGAAAGGUCCUCUUGCUUCUCUGUUUCAUUCCUUACGCACGCACAUCAUUAUGCCGGCUACCUUUGCCCCAGCCAUACCCAACCACCAGCAACUCUGGUUGUCACAUGCUCUUCCCAAGAGAGUCGAUACUUUGAUUGUGCUUGGUUUUUGGAUUGUCAGUAUCAUUUUGAGCUGUGUGGGUUACGACAGUUUCACGGGCAGUCUUUCAGUACCAAGCCUUUACCAACAAAAUUGGCAAUACACCUCCGACCGCACUGGAGUUCUUUCAUACGCCUGUCUGCCAGCUUUGUGGCUUUUCAGUGGUAGAAACAAUGUGUUUAUCCAGUUGACACACUUCAGCGUUCAGUCGUUUACUAUGUUCCACCGCCACAUCGCAUGGGUUUGCACUAUUUUGGCCGUGGUGCAUUCUAUCAACUACAGCGUUCUCUUCGCAGAAUAUGUUGGCCGCUAUUGGAUUGCUUGGAAGGAAGAGUACUGGUAUAUGGGUGUGGUGGCUACAAUCCUCUUGUGUUUCAUGCUUGUACAGUCUAUGACAUUUUUCCAACGCCGUUGGUAUGAGACUUUCCUCAUGCUUCACAUUGUCUUCGCCAUCGUUGUGGUAGUUGCCCUCUUCCAACACACCAGCUUCAACGGUCGCGAAUGGGUCGGAUAUCUUUGGACGCCGGUUGGACUUUGGGUCCUUGAGCGGCUUGCCCGCGUCGGUCGUGUUGUAUACUGCAACCUGAACGCCCGAUUCGGAAAGCAAUUUUUGGGCACUGCUACAACUGUUACGUACAGUGAGGCAAGUGACUUGGUCAGAAUUGAAAUGGUUCCCGGAGCCGCAAGCUUGACACCCAGACCCGGUCAGCUUUAUUAUAUCUAUCAAGCAACCUGGCUCAAGGGCUGGGAAAACCACCCCUUUUCAUUGGGUGCAUGGGCGCCUUCCUCCUCAGUCAACAAUGAAAAGACUGCUUCGGCCCCCCGAAAUGGACAUAAGCUUAUCUUCUACGUCCGGCCGUACGAUGGAUGGACACGUCGCCUUCGUGAUCAAUGCCGCAAAGCAGGGGGAAUCAUUCGCCCGAAGCUCCUUCUUGAGGGAGCUUAUGGCCACUCCGAGCCAGUGUAUGCCUACAACACUCUUUUGAUCAUUGUCGGUGGAACAGGAAUUGCAGUAGCAGUGCCGUACCUCCUGGAUCACAUUGCGCGCGUCAAGGAAGGCAAGACGAAGACCACCAAAAUUCGGCUUGUGUGGUCCGUCCGACAAAAAGAGAUGUUCAACGAGGUAUUCAACGAGGAACUGGCGGAGAUCAUGCAACAUAACGACAUCACGAUCACUGUCUUCUGUACUCGUCUUGCUAAAAUCACUAGUGAUUCUGAGUCCGAUGAUGUGAACCUCUCCAAGGAGCUUUCGUCUACUGUAGCGCCGGUGAUCAAGGCAACAGGCGUGGACUCUCCCACUAGCAACAGCAGCCUGCGGUUCUUGCCUGGCCGACCCAAUAUUCGCGAAACAAUCAUGUCUGAGGUGCAGGAAGCUCAGACCAGCUCGACUAAUUUGGCGGUCUUGACUUGUGGCCCGGCCCAAAUGGCCGAUGAGUGCCGUGGAACUGUAUAUGAGACCAUGAAGAAUGGCUUCCGGGACAUUGAGUACUUUGAAGAGGCGUUCGGCUGGUAG